AUGUCUCUGUUUGUAAUUUUGCUACUAUUUAUAUAUUUAAAAAAAAAUUUUUUUAAAACCGGAAAUGUCUUUUUUUUUUUUUGUAGGGGCAGAAUGGAGAGUCGGAGCUGCCGCACAUUUUUUUUAUUUUUAAUAUUUAUUUGCACUGUAGCGGGUUACAAAUCUCCAAUAUCGGAAAAAUUUUCUAGUCAAAAUCCCUGUGUGUCAAAGCAAACGUGCCAUGAAUGUAUACAAACGCCAACUUGCGCUUGGUGUUCACAACCGAAUUUUGGAGACACGAAACGAUGUUUUCAACCCAACAUAAACAUCAACGUUCACAUGCAAUGCGACGAAGCGUUCGUCGUGAAUCCCGACAAUGUUUUCACUCUGGUCGAAGCGAGAGAAUUGAAAAAAGCAUCGAGAUCGGGGUACGAAGGCGGUGGCGGGGGUGGCGGUUACGAAGCUGCUUACGAAGAAAGUCAUUCACACAGCAGCAGCAGUUCUUUCAGUUCCAGCAGUUCUUCAUCGAGUUCCGGAAGUUAUGGUUCCUCUUAUUAUCAACACGAAGCCGUACAAAUAUCUCCCCAACGUGUCGCGCUUAAAUUAAGAAUCAAUGAACCUUACAGAAUGGAUUUCAGUUAUGCUCAGGCCGAAGAUUAUCCCGUGGAUUUAUAUUAUCUUAUGGAUUUGUCAAAAUCCAUGGAAGACGACAAGGAUAAACUAUCGUUUUUGGGUAAUAGAUUAGCACAAACGAUGCAAAACAUAACGUCGAAUUUUCGUUUGGGUUUUGGAAGUUUUGUCGAUAAAGUUGUUAUGCCCUACGUCAGUACCGUACCCAAGAAUUUGGCGGAGCCUUGUCACGGUUGUGCCGCUCCCUACGGAUUUCAAAAUGUCAUGUCUUUGAGUACGGAUACUUAUAGAUUUGCCGUAAAAGUAAGCAACGCUGCCGUUUCCGGUAAUUUGGAUGCGCCGGAAGGAGGUUUUGACGCCAUUAUGCAAGCAAUAGUUUGUAAAAAUGAAAUCGGGUGGCGUGAAAAAGCAAGAAAACUUUUGGUUUUUUCCACCGAUGCGGGUUUUCACUACGCCGGAGACGGAAAGUUGGGAGGUAUUGUCAAACCCAACGAUGGCGAAUGUCAUUUAGAUUCCAGAGGAAUGUACACUCAUUCGAAACUUCAAGAUUAUCCCUCGAUAUCUCAAGUUAAUAUGAAAGUCAAAGAAAAUUCAAUCAACGUCAUAUUUGCCGUGACUGCUGAUCAAUUUGGAGUCUACGAACAAUUGGGAGAAAACAUCGAAGGAGCAUCUUCUGGAACGUUAAGCAGCGAUUCUUCAAACGUUGUCGAUUUGGUCAAAGAGCAAUACGAUAAAAUUUCUUCGUCCGUCGAAAUGAAAGAUACGGCUUCGAGUGCCAUCAAAGUCUCGUAUUAUUCCUCUUGUUUGGGUGGAGGACCUCCUAAGCAAACGAACAAAUGCGAUGGUUUAAAGGUUGGAACGGUUGUAAAUUUUUCAGCCGAAAUAGAAGUUGCUUCUUGUCCCCCUGAUAAAAAAGAAUGGAGACAAACGUUUAAAAUAUAUCCAGUCGGUAUUCAGGAAUAUCUUGUCGUCGAUUUAGAAAUGCAAUGCGAAUGUCCAUGCGAAAAUCCAGAAAAUCCAGAAUACGAAGAUAAAUCUGGAACUUGUUCCGGUUUUGGAAAUUACAAAUGCGGUAUAUGCGAAUGCGAUUCGUCUCAUUUCGGUCGUUUUUGCGAAUGCGAUUCGGAGAGUUUAAAUGUCGACAAAGACAUUCAAGGCGGUUGCCGACCCGACAAUUUUACUUUUAUAGACUGUUCUGGACGAGGGACUUGCAUGUGCGGGGUUUGCGAAUGUGAAAUUCGAUCCGAUCCUACCGAAGUUAUUUCUGGAAGAUUUUGCGAAUGUGAUAAUUUUUCAUGCGAUCGAAAUAAUGGGAUUUUGUGUUCCGGACCCGAUCACGGAACUUGCGUGUGUGGAAAAUGUCAAUGCCUGGCAGGAUGGACGGGAGAUGCAUGCGACUGUCGAGCAUCAAACGAUACUUGUAUAUCACCCGAGGGAGGAGAAGUUUGUUCCGGUAAAGGUGUUUGCGAAUGUGGCGUUUGUAAAUGUGACCAAGAAGAAGAGGGUAGAUAUUCCGGAAGAUUUUGCGAAAAAUGUCCCACCUGCCCUGGAAGAUGUUUGGAAUUUAAAGAGUGCGUUCAAUGUCAAGUUUACAAAACGGGUCCGUUAACCGAAAAAGAGUGUGCCAACUGUUCAUUCAUACCAACCACUGCCGAAGUAAUAGAAGCCAACGAAGAAAGAGAUGAAAAUCUUUGCGCUUACUACGACGAAGAUGAUUGUCGAUUUGCUUACGUUUACGGAUAUGACGAUAUGGGUAAAGUUUACGUGAGAGCGCAGGAAAAAAGGGAUUGUCCGGCUAAAAUUAACAUUUUGGGAAUCGUUUUAAGUGUGAUCGGUGCCAUUUUACUCAUCGGUCUUGCCUUGUUGUGCUGUUGGAAAUUGUGCACGACGAUACACGACAGAAGAGAAUUUGCCAAAUUUGAAAAAGAUAGACUCAUGGCCAAAUGGAACACGGAUGAAAAUCCGAUAUUUAAACAAGCAACGUCGACAUUUAAAAAUCCCACAUACGGUAAAGUAAAAUAA